UGCGGCUCCGCCCCGCCGCCUGGGUGGGCAUGGGGGGAGCACCACUGCUCGGUCCAAGCUACUGGUGUGAGCGACCUUUCACAAUCACUCUACCUACGUCGCUAACACGAAACACACGAUGCCGGCAAGACUAUCGAUCCAGGAGUACGACAAGCUGCUCACGCAGCCUGGGAGCCCGUAUGAGAUGGUCGAAGAUGUGGUCGAAGGCCGCAAGCACCUCGUAUGGAAGCACACGCCACGCUCCUUCCGCGACUUCAUCACUGAGCGGUUCCAGAUGUGGACGCCGCGCGAGGCCGUCUCCGACCCCGUGCCAGAGCCCUCAGAAUACUACGACCGGCGCCACACAACCUAUGGCGAGAUGUACGGGCUCGCGCUCGAGCUCGGCGCGUGGUUGCGCGAGCAGGGUGUGAAACAGGGCGAGCGCGUCGGGCUCGGUGGCCUCAACUCGAUGGGCUUCAUCGUCGCGUUCUGUGGCAUUCACCUUAUCGGCGCCGUGCCGGUCAUGCUGAACGCAACCCUGACCGCCGACACGCAGCUCCACUGCUUGGGUUUAACUAAGCCCAAGCUCACGCUGGUCGACCAGCAUUGCGGCGUCAUCAUUGGCCCACUCGCGUCCCAGCUCAAGGCGCGGGGCGUCGGCCCCGUCUACUGCUACGACAAGGUCGGACACCUCCCGGCCGCCGUGCAGGCGGGCCUGAUCGAGCUGACCCCGCUUGCGGCGCCCAAAACCGUGCUGUCCGUGCAGGACGGUCAGGGCCUUGGGAACCUUGGGCCAGAGAGCGACGCCAUGAUCUUCUUCACGUCCGGCACGACGAGCAAGCCCAAGGGUGUGAUCUGCACUCAGCGGCAAUGCUUGCACCACAUUGUGGCGGGCAGCAUUCCGAGUGCACGCGCGAUCCUGCGUGGCGGCGGCACGCUUGAGGAGGCAUUCGCGGCGCACACCCCGCCUCCCGUGCAGGGCGUCAUGCUCCUCGCCGUCCCGCUGUUCCACGUCACGGGAUGCCUGGGCUGGAUGGUGCGCGCGUGGGUGAUGGGCUCCAAGAUCGUGUUCAUGCGGCGGUGGAACGUUGACGACGCCGUCACGCUCUGCGUCGACGAGAAGAUUGGGUUCAUUGGGGGUGUUCCGGCCAUCGCAACGGCGAUCAUUCAGUCGCCCAAAUUGCCGAAGGACCACGUAUUUGACGGCUUGACGUACGGCGGCGCGCCACCUCCGCAGCGCCUCGCAAGGGAUAUCGCGGCGCGCUGGCCCGCGGCAUCGGCCACGCACGCGUACGGCAUGACGGAGACGAACGGGCUGCACGUGGCACUGACCGGAGGAGACUACCACGAGAGGCCUGAGUCCGUCGGCCUCAGCAUCCCGACUUCGAAGAUGCGCGUGGUGGACGAGAACGGCCGCGUGCUUCCGCCCAACACCAUGGGUCUGCUGCAAUGCUACGGGCCUAACAUCAUGAAGUGCUAUGUCGAUAAUCCCGCCGCGACUGCCGAGGCGCUCACGCCCGACGGCUGGCUCAACACGGGCGACAUGGCGCUCAUCUGCCCCGAAGGCUUCUUGUACAUCCGUGACCGGGCGAAGGAUGUGAUCAUCCGCGGCGGCGAGAACAUCGCGAGCGCAGAGGUCGAGAACGAAGUGUUCAAGGACGACAGGAUCGCCGAGUGUGCUGCGGUCGCUGUGCCGGACGAGCGGCUGGGCGAGCUCGUUGGUAUCGCCGUCAGCCUUGCGCCGGGCGCCAGUGCCACUCCCGAGAGCGUGCUCGCUGCCGCACACCCUCGCCUCCGCCACCCUGCGCGACCGGUCAUCUGCGUUAUUCUUGACGCAUUGCCCCGCAACGCGAACGGGAAGAUGGUCAAGAACGAUAUCAAGAAGAUCGUGGUGGAAAAGUGGGAGGAGGCGGGUCGGGUUAAGGUCGAUAUUGUCGGGCACAACCGCGACCUUGUCAAGGCCAAGCUGUAGACACUAGUGUGUCCUGAAGUUCGUUUAGAUGCUGGAUUUCAGGCUGGGGGAUUUUUCUGACUGUGCUAUAGCGUUCCUUCACCUGCAAGCGCUAUGUUAAAAGCUUUUAG